AUGCACCGCAGCCGGAGAAUCCCCGCCACCACUAUGGCACUCAACGCUCUCUAUCUCUCUCUCUCCCACACGAACCCAGCCCCGUCACUUCCCUUUUACCGGCCGCCGCAGUUCGUCUCCGGUGAAGCCGACCCGUCCGAUAGCAACCGACGACCGGCGCGCACCACCCGACACCGGAUAACGGUCGACUUCCAGCAGCAGUCCGACCUCCCUGGCGCAGUCAGCCACCGAGAUCCGCCGCCUCUCGCAGACAACCGUCUGCCACCACCGUCGAGCUCCGCCAUCAGCCGCCGCGGAAGUGGUCAAAAAGCCUUGAACAAAUGGCUUGUUGGGUGCGGUCGCGAGCCGUGUAAACGUCGCCUGAUACUGCCUUUUCUCGUUCAGCCUCGAGAAAUUGAGAGUCUCGGGCUCGACAAGAACUUUGAUGCCAACUGGGGGGACAACAGUCACUCUGUAAGUCGAUUUAGGGAGGCCGACAUUUGUUACCGUCCUAGUAUACUUUUGAGAAACCGGCUCACCACCCGUGAAAUUAAGUACAAACGACGGAUAGUUUAG